ACUAUAAAAACCAGAUUUAGAAAACAAAUGAGACAUAGAAAACUCUAUUAUGCAUGCAGUUGCAUAAGGUCUGUGAGAGAGACAGCAUGAACCACCUGAUUGCACUUUCCAUCCUUCUGCUCUUCAUAGUUCCCUCUCUGGCUCUGAUGAGCACCAAUGACAGUCAAGUUCUGGAUGGAUCUUUCGGGACUCAAGUCAUCCACGUCGAUGCCUUCGGAGGUGUGGUCAGCAUCCGAGACAACAAUGUUCUGAGUGAAUGGGAUGGAAUCCUGGACUACAAGAAUGCUCUCUUGGCAGCCAAGCUAUUUAGCGAGAUGGUCUGUGUCCUGGCCAAGAUGGACCAAGCAGUCUUCCCAAGUUUGAACGACAUUAAGAAGGCCCUGGUUAAGCAGGCUCCCAACCAUUAUCCCUCCACCCACGGCCUGACCUACACUGUCCUACCCGGCCGGGUUAAGAACCUAGCCCAGUACGGGAUGUUCAUCAAGGAUAUGUGCAGAGCCUUCCCCACCUACCUUGCCCAGCAGCAAAAAGAAGGUACUGCCCUGGCAAUUGACCCUAAUUCCUGCACUGAAGUCCAGAUUCUGUCCUUCAUGGGACUCUCCAUCUGUGGGGAGAUCAUUGGGCUCUGAGCCUGCAGGUCAGCCACAUGAAGAGAGGAUCUGUCCGCUCUGAGCUGCUGACCUGGUGUCAGGGUCGAGGGACCCAGACUGCCCUCUGCCCGCGAGAAGCUGCUCAUUUAAACUCUCUACUUCUGCCUUUCCACACAAUGCCAGGCUCUGCAUUCUCACGUCCUGGGUGUGCUUUUCCCUGCGGGUGACAUUAAUAAAGCUUCUUUCAUUACUGGUGUAGCAGAGCGGCUCCCCCGCCUGCAGAGUCCUCACUCAGCUGUGCACCUCUACAAUAUCACACACAGGAAGGGCCAGGACUCUCCUUUCCAGGACUUUCUCUUUGGGAUGUGCCCUGAGAAAUCCCUUGUAAAUUUUUGGCAAUAAACAAAGACACCAGGCACAAUA